GUCUAGACUGCUGUACCUCUUGCCAUAUUUUUCUAUUCUCUGGGGAGAGGAUGAGCCGAAACAGCACAAUGGGUAAUUCGUCGGGCACGGCCUUUGCCUUUGUUUGCCGGCUUCAGGGGGCUUGGCUCUGGCGAAGGGCAAAUGUCAACACUGCCCCCGCCCGUGAUAGCAAAAGUAUCACAGCGACACAGACAACUCCGCCAUCUCAGUCAGCCAUCUCAUGGAACGCUUUUGUCUCCCCUGAUAGGGUCAAGUUUCACCGUGGCUUUGGCAGUGGGACCGUCAACAGACUUGCAGGGCACGUCGUCCCUCGCCAUGGAGCAGACCAUUCUCAUCCAUUCAUCCACCAGGGCGUUUAGUCUCACCAAGAUGGCACUUACAAGGAGCUCGGGGGCAACAGGCGCCCGCCCGCCGCCGGUCGCGGACCUCCACUUGCCGCUGAGAUUGGGCAGCAUCAAGUUCAAACAGGUUCGGUCCAACAAUUCUGAGUCGCUCAUGAUGGAAAUUCUGCCGCGGCGGACUGGUUUAAGACCGCCUCGCGGUCACGAUUGGCCGAGUAGCUUCGUCGGUGUGUUUACAGAUCUUCUGAGGUUGCUCUGCUUGUUCAACCGCGCCCCGUGUGGAAGUCCGUAUCGGAAAGAGCCAGAGUGUAGUCUACGAUGGGCUCUGACUUAAAACGGGUCAAUCGCCCCGGGGAAGUCUGGGAGAAUGGAGGAUGAACUCAUCGACAACUAUCACUACUCGACAAAAGUCAAAAAAGCCUUACUCCAGAAACCUCAACGGGCCAUCAAGACCUCCCCAGCCACCGCAAGAGCAACUAACCAACCCAUCCAAGAUGCCGAAUCACCCCACGCAACCCAACGUAGGUUACUUUUUCAUAUUUGGUCCCAGCUCAGGUGCUUUCCUAACCACCCAUCUACCGCAACAGAAACCCAACGGGCAGC